UUGGCCACGGUGAUGUACUGGGCCAUACGCACUACCCUCUGUAGUGCCUUGCGGUCGGUGGCUAAGCAGUUGCCAUACCAGGCAGUGACGCAACCCGGAUUAGGAUGCGCUCAAUGGUGCAGCUGUAAAAUCUUUUUAGUCUCCUGAGGGGGAAUAGGUUUUGUCGUGCCCUCUUCACGACUGUCUUUGUUUGCUUGGACCAUGUUAGUUUGUUGGUGAUGUGGACGCCAAGGAACUUGAAGCUCUCAACCUGUUCCACUACAGGUUGGCCGUGCAUUCAUGAGUGAACAGGGAGUUCAGGAGGGGACUGAACACGCACCCCUGAGGAGCCCCCGUGUUGAAGAUCAUCGUGGCGGAUGUGUUAAUUCCUACGAUUACCACCUGGGGGCGGCCCGUCAGGAAGUCCAGUUGCAGAGGGAGGUGUUUAGUCCCAGGAUCCUUCAUCUUCUGCUGGGUAUUUCAUACAGGCCACUGUAACCACUGCACGCUUCAGUCAAACACACAAUGUGGCAUCACUGAGAACCUGUAGCUAGGGCCACUGAAUGAACAGAAACAUAUCCUGACAGGUGCUUUUAAAGUUCUUGGAAACUGGUGGGUACACACGGACGAACACAUGCACGAACGUACGUGCACGCGCACACACACGUCCGGGUCACAUAUUAUGUCUUGUGCUUAACAUGCACAGUGGAGCCCAUGCCAUUCAUCUGUGUCAAUGUUAAUGUACUGUAGUGUAACCAUUACACAGUGUCCCCUCCCUCUGACUGCCACCCUACAUCUCUUCUCUCUCUCUCUCCCUGCCUCCCUCACUCUCUCCCUCCUUUAUAACCCAUCACUCCCAUCUCACCAUUCUCACUCUUUCUUUCGGUCUUUUACGGGACUGGACACACAUUCAUUUUCUUAACGAGGGGAAGCAACCAAGGGACAAACAGCAGAGAGGAAAAAUGCUUUUUUACAUAUUUACCUAUCGAAAUCUUAGGGGCUUUUUUGGAUGUUGACUUUCCCUCACUUUUGUUCUUUGUGUUAUAAUAUUAGUCUCUUUCUCUCUCUCAAACAUUUUCUAGAGAGAGAGAGAGAGAGAGAGAGAGAGAGAGAGAGAGAGAGAAAGAGUGAGAGAGAGCGAAAGAGUGAGAGAGAGCGAAAGAGAGAGAGUGAGAGAGAGAGAGAGAGAGAGAGAGAGAGAGAGAGAGAGAGAGAGAAAGAGUGAGAUAAGAGAGAGAGACGGGAAACAGACAAAAAAAAGUGUCAUCAUUUUUAUCAGUCUGCCAAAUCAUUGUAAAAAGUCAUUUUAUUUGGUCAAGAACCAUACUAUUUGGAUAUGACCUUUUUUAUUUUCUAAUUGAGUUGUUUUUAGACGUGUACCUGGAUAACUUUACAUGACAAUACCUUCCUAUAGGCAUGUUCCUGCUAUCACAGAGGUGGAAAUUGUUCAUCUAUAACAUUGAUACCGUUCACUGAGAAAUUUGAUUUAAUUUUCAAUCUGGUCAGACACAUUUCCAAAGAGAAAAACUACUGGACAGUGCUGGACAUGAACUGGUAAGAACCCACGUUUAUUACUAAGCUGUACUCAUCCAGAGAACUUGUUAUGUAUUAUACAUAGCAUUUUUCAAAGAAAAUGAAAUAGCACCCUCAUCUACAGUCUUGAUCACAGACCUGAUGGUCGUGAAUAAGUUGUAAGAGGGAGAGAUGAGCUUCUCCGACAAAACACAUUACUUAACUAACCAGGUCGACCUUCUCCUAUCUGUAGAUAUGAGGGGAUCAUCCCCAAGCUCGGAACCAGAAACAUAGAACUAACUGACACACUGACGGACAACGAGGCUUAACCGUGGAAACGGGCAGACUGCCGCCCAAGGACACUCACUGACCCACGGAGAAGGACAGACAGACAGUCUGAUGCCAACUGUCUCCGCUGUCAAUCUCACAGCACAACUCCUCCUGCUGUUGCUAUGGGCAACCCACCCGACCAUGGCAACCAACUGGCUCUCCCUGGCGAGGAUGCCGCGCUCGCGGCCCGUGUCGGGUGCUGCCCUCUGUGGGCGGCUGAGGGGACUGUCCGUGGGGCAGGUGGGGGUGUGCAGGGCGCGGGGAGAGGUCAUGGAGUCUGUGCGCAAGGCAGCCGAGAUGGUCAUAGAGGAGUGCCAGCACCAGUUUCGUAAUCGCCGUUGGAACUGCUCCACCACCCCACGUGGAGUCAACGUGUUCGGUAGAGUCAUGAGCCAAGGCACGCGUGAGGCAGCCUUUGUGCACGCCCUUUCCUCAGCGGCGGUGGCGGUUGCAGUGACGCGAGGCUGCAGCCGGGGGGAGCUAGAGCGGUGUGGCUGCGACAGGAAGGUCAGAGGGGUCAGUCCCGAGGGUUUCCAGUGGUCUGGGUGCAGUGAUAACCUGUCAUAUGGUGUGGCCUUCUCCCAGACCUUCGUGGAUGAGACGGAGCGUGCCAAGGGGAUGUCGGCAGGGCGACCCCUCAUGAAUGUCCAUAACAACGAGGCUGGACGGAAGGCUAUCCUCCAUAACAUGCAGGUGGAGUGUAAGUGUCAUGGUGUCUCGGGAUCCUGUGAGCUGAGGACCUGCUGGAAAGUCAUGCCCCCAUUUCGGCGUGUCGGCGCCGUGCUCAAGGAACGCUUUGAUGGAGCCACAGAGGUGCGUCUGUCCCGUAUCGGCUCCAGGACAGCCCUGCUGCCCCGGGACCCCCAGGUCAAACCUCCCGCCGCCAGGGACCUGGUGUACCUCGCUGUCUCGCCAGACUUCUGCCGUCUCGACCCCGACAAUGGGAUCCCCGGGACAGCCGGCCGACGCUGUAACGGCACCUCCCGGCUGGCCCCAGAUGGCUGUGAGCUGGUGUGUUGUGGGCCAGGGUACCGGGCAGGCCGGGCUGAGAUGGUGCAGCGCUGCUCCUGUAAGUUCUCCUGGUGCUGCUCGGUCCGCUGCCAGCAGUGCAAGAACACAGUGAUGAUCCACACCUGCCGAGAGUGAACCCAGUCUAUGCAGAACCCAGAGCACUGAGCAGACACGCAAGAACCUUACACCUGUCCAGACACUCUAGAACACUACCCAGACACAACACUGUCCAGACACUCUAGAACACAACAGUACCCAGACACAACACUGUCCAGACACUCUAGAACACAACAGUACCCAGACACUCUAAAACACAACACUACCCAAACAUUCUGGAACACUGCAAUGACCAGACCAGUGGAGGCUGCUGAGGGGAGGACGGUUCAUAAUAAUGACUGGACCGAAGUAAAUGGAAUGGCAUGUAUUUGAUGUAUUUUAUACUAGUCCACUAAUUCCGCUCCAGCCAUUACCACGAACCUGUCCUCCCCAAUUCAGGUGCCACCAACCUCCUGUGGACCAGACACUCUAGAAUCAGGGUUCCCAACCUAGGAGGCGCCAAUGUUUCUUUGGGGGGGAGACAGGACCUCCCUUGACAUAAGGGGUAUAUUUUUUAUUUAUUGUUUACACCUUAAACAACGCAUAAAUCUGUGAUGCUUUAGGCUAGAAACAAGGGGUAAAAUUCCCAAGGAAGAUGCGACUCUGGGAAUAUCUUUGGUUUGUCUCUAUGACAUUCAGAAUCUGAGUUAUGACCUAAAGUCAAGGAGUCAAAGAAAUUGGACUUUUCUUGGGAAGUAAUCUUAUACAAUGUGUGACUCUGUUGCUAUCAAUUGAUCUAUUCACUUUCUGUAAAUGAGAAUAGCUAUAAUUAAAUUGAGGUUCAUAUACAUUUUUUUUAAACAUAUUUGUUUCGAGGAAUAACAUUUUGGGAAAUCGGGUCAAGACUUUAUUUUCCUUAUCCAUUAUUAUUAUAACCAUUAAAAGAGCCUACCUAAAAUCCUAGGUCCCUGAAAUUAAACAAAGUUACAUUUUUCAAAUGUGAAAAGUGGGACCCUGAGGGAAAAGGUUGUAGAACACUGUCCAGACAUUGUUCGGGGUGGCAGCGUAGCCUAGUGGUUAGAGCGUUGGACUAGUAACCGGAAGGUUCCAAGUUCAAAUCGCCGAGCUGACAAGGUACAAAUCUGUCGUAGAUGUCGUACUGCCCCUGAACAAGGCAGAACUUUGUUCCUAGGCUGUCAUUGAAAAAAAUAAUUUGUUCUUAACUGACUUUCCUAGUUAAAUUUAAACAAUUAUAGGACACUGAUGAAAUGUUCUACAAAGUUGACCUGACUCUGGCCGUGUGGAUAGUAUAAGCCAGUGCAUUAUGAGAGUGAGGACCUACGCAUGACAGAAACCUCUGCGUGGGAAGGGUGGAAUGACCUCUCCCAUUACCUCUAACGCUAGAAAGUAGAGAUACUAACAAGCAUGGAGAAAGGAAACUCCCUGCAUAGAGCAAUAUUAACACUACCAUUGAACAUAUUACACUCAUGAUGUACUCUUUCAACCUAAAAGGAUGAUGCAGCAUUGCAAGUCAGUGUCCUACACUGACUUGUCUAGAUCAUAAUGGCACACAGCCUACAGCGAGCACACACACAAUUAACUUAAACUGACAAAGCCAAAAUUAACCACUAACAGGGAAAUUAUUACAGCCCUUUUCUUAAAUGGGUUUGAUUUCAGUGUAGUAGGUAGUUGCAGUCUUUAGACAUUUACUGUAUUUAUGAGUCUUUUGCCACUAUUCUUUUAUUUAUUUGUACAUCAAUCAUCCUGCGGCCCCUCCUCCUACCCCUCAGAUUCCACCAGUAAGGAUACCUGUCCAUCCCCCAGUCCGUCUGCAUCCAUGUUGCUUUAGUCCAACGCUGCUGUGAAACCAUUGUGAUGCAUGUUGCUACAGUGUUCUGCAGUCGACUUGAUCAAAUAAACUUGU